CAGAGCCAGGCGCUCAGGAUACGGAUAGAGUUUCUCCCGGUAAGAGAUCUCCCUGACGCCGCUAGAUUCUCACUCUUCUCCUGUGUGACUUACACAUGAGUACAUGCAACAUCACACUGAGCCCAAUAACUUUUCUCUUUCCCAGCUGAGAGGAGAUGAUGAACGGCUCCUUAAACAUGGUGAUCACCGGGCGCGCCCCGCGGUCGCUGGCCGGCGUCCUGUGACCUUCCCCGGUCACCAUGGGCUUGUAAAAUGCCGUCUCUGUGGAAACGAAUAACAUUCUCGGUAGCCUCGGCGCUGUGUCUCGGCUCGGUGGUCCUCCUGGUAGUGGCCCUGUCCACGGAGCGGUGGGUUAUCGGACGGAUCCUGUGUAAAACCGGGGUGGACAUAGUGAACGCAUCGAGUCCUGAGCUGGACCAGUUUAUCGGGGACAUUUACUACGGUUUGUUCCAGGGAGGAAAGACCAAGAGGUGCGGACUCGGAAACAGGCGCUCCAAAAUAUACAUUUUUCCAAAGCUGGUGCGGACACUGAAUGGUGGUCUUCACAUGAUGGUGAUUCUCUUCCUGCUGGUGGCUGUCGGCUUCGCCCUGGUCAGUCUGUCCUUCUCCAUUUACAACGCGCGCAAGGUGCCCUACCAGAGCAUCAAAGGUCACAAAGGACUUUACCUGUGGAACUUUAUUGCUGCUCUUUUCGGUUCCCUGGGGGUUCUUUGUUUCCUGGCAGCUGUGAAGCACCACCAUCUGACUGAGCGGGUGGCAAACUAUCGAGAGAACCUCUUUGCCCUGGAGGUCCUGGAGGACACCCUAGACUGGUCUUUCUGGCUUGGGGUCGGCAGCAUUGUGACUCACUUCGCCGUUUGUGGAGUGGUCGCCAUGAGCCGCAUCAAACUGCCCAAACCGGAGAUCAAGAAGCCUGAGGAGCCCACAGUCUCCGCCCUUGACCUGCUCUUCUGAAAGACAUCCACAAAAACAGUCAUUGGUUGUGUUUUCUGUCCGUUCAUCCUUCCAUCCUCUUAUUCAAGGUCAAGCAACAGGUUCAGGAGGGAAACCUGACCUGACAUCCAUCCCUUAGGCUCUCUCUGGAGGAUUCAAAUGCCAUCCAGGUCAGAAGGGAUACAUAAUCCCACCAGUAUGGACUUGAAUGGAAAACCACCUGCCCUGACAGCUUCAUCUGACUCCUUCGAAUGCCGAGAACUGUACUUCUUGCUCCCCUUGAAUGGCUCUAACCAUCAGCCACUUGGACCUGGGGUCCUUUAGAUCAUGAACUUUGUGUUUUGGAUCAGUCCCUUCCUCGCUGUAAACAAAGGCCUAAUCCACCAAACGAUAACCUCAGAUGUAUAAGAGCUGACUCCUAGGAGCUGACUCCCAGCAGACUUCAGCGAGAGUCCAGUCCCUUUUAGAAAUACUGCAUGAGCAACAGAGGGAAUGUAUGGAUCUUGACAGACAAACAUUGAGAAUCAGAUCAUGAUCUGUUGGGGGUUGCUCCGGUCAAGGACAGAUCAGACAGAAUAAGAAACAAAGCUCUGAUUUAUUGUUUUAUUUUGGUGCUUUUGAGGAUGAACAGCAAUCCAACAGAAACAUUACAGUAUUCACCUCUGAACAUUUUACGCUCAUUAUUGUAAAUUCUGUUUACAUAGUAAAUUAAUGUUUGUAAAAAUGCUAUUUUUUCAUUUUAUGUACAGAAUGUAAACUACAGGAGUUUCAAAUAUUG